UACUGCGCAUGCGCGAAAUAUUUCUCCGCGAGUUUAUUCUUUUCGCGGACAAACGUAACCUAUAACAUAAAUUCUUUACAAGCAAACAAUUGUGUAAGAAAAAUACAAACGCGAUCGUUAAUUCGACUGUCUACCAAGGAGAAACCAGGUCGCGAGAAAGCUCGAGAAGAUGGGCGAACGCUAUAAUAUUCACAGUCAAUUGGAGCAUCUGCAGUCAAAGUAUAUCGGCACAGGACACGCGGAUACGACCAAGUUCGAAUGGCUGGUGAAUCAGCACCGGGAUUCUUGCAGUUCGUACAUGGGUCAUUACGAUCUACUCAACUUCUUCGCGAUCGCCGAGAACGAAGCCAAGGCGCGAGUUAGAUUCAAUCUUAUGGAGAAGAUGCUGCAACCUUGCGGACCGCCACCCGAGAAGCCAGAGGACUAAAUCGUGUGUCCCUUUCUCGUGUUUUUUUCCUCGAGUGAUUAAAAAAAAAAAA